AUGGCAGUGUCACUGAAGAAAUGUUCUCCCCAGCAUAAGGUCUCCCCGGCCAUGAGUAAUUUACAGGGCUAUUAUGGUAUUAAGCCAAUAGAUCAGAAAGCUACAUCUGAAGGCUGUGAAAUGGCUGUCUACUGGAAAGGAGGUUCUCAUUAUUUGGAAGAUGGACUAUUUGCCAAACUGUCACCUAUUUCUAACCCACCUCUGAGUCAUCAUAGAAAAUCUAAAAGCUUAGCAAAUGGUUUCAUGUCGGAGAAUGGGGAUGUGGCUAAUGAUGUGUCAGUUUCAGAAGCUCGAGAAGAUGACUCUGAAAAAUGGAUUGAGAAGUUGGUAAGAAGGCGCCAGAAAUCUGAAACUGACUUUGGUUCCCACACCCCCGAAAUGUUGCUGAAGGAGGACAAUGGUGGUAGUGGCAGUGGAUUUUUGGCAAUUACAGGUAAAGGUUUGGCUUUGAGACCGAAGGCAGCUGGCAGAAUUGGCACAGCUGAACCUGAAGCAGGCUGGCAGAACCCUCUUCCAAUUGGUUUAGGGGAUUCAUUUGUGGCUGAGAGUUUUAAUGGAGUGAGGAAGUCAUCAAGUACAUCAAGUUUGCAGGAUUCUGAGAGUAGCACAUCUUCAUCCAUCUGGCCAGCAUCAAAGUGGAAUUUGAAGUCUGAUCUGCAGGCCCUUUCUUCUGCAGCCAUUACAAGACCAAUCUUUGAUGGCUUGCCAAACCCAAUAACUGGUCGAAGAAACAAAGCUGCUCUUGACUAG